GGGCUUGUCUGGGCCUGCUUUUGGAGGCCAGCCUCCCCCUCGACUUGCCUGCCCGGCGCGCGACCUUCUCCCUGCCCGCCGGCCUGGGCUUGCCCUCCUCUCUCCGGCCCGCGACUCUCGGCCUCAGCGGUCACCUCUUUCUUCCUGCCCAGCCUGCCCUCCUUCGUCCUUGGACGCACUUGGCCCGGGAACCACCAACGCCAGGCUGCCCUUCCGCCUUGCCCCCAGCCCCGGGGGUGACAGCUCCACGCUUUUGCUCGCUCUGGCCGAAGUCUCUUGGAGCGAGGAGGGGCCUGUUUUCCCGAACGGCCCCAGAGUAAAUACAUUCCUAGCCUGUUGGGUGGAAACAGACAGAUUGCAAUUUUUUUCGGCCGUCUACCCGCCAACCCACCGUGACUUACGGAACAAGGUGCAGAAUGAGUGGCUCACAGGACCAGAGUGGCUGCCCCGCUAACAGAGAACCCCUUUUGAGGUGUUGUGAUGCACGAAGGGACUUGGAGCUUGCUAUUGGUGGAGUUCUCCGGGCUGAGCAGCAGAUUAAAGAUAACUUGCGAGAGGUCAAAGCCCAGAUUCACAGCUGCAUAAGUCGCCACCUGGAAUGCCUUCGAAGCCGUGAGGUGUGGCUGUAUGAACAGGUAGACCUCAUCUAUCAGCUUAAAGAGGAGACGCUUCAGCAGCAGGCCCAACAGCUCUACUGGUUGCUGGGCCAGUUCAAUUGUCUUAUUCAUCAGCUGGAGUGCACCCAAAACAAAGACCUAGCCAAUCAAGUCUCAGCUUGCCUGGAGAGAUUGGGCAGUCUGACCCUCAAACCUGAAGAUUCAACUGCUUUAUUCUUUGAAGCCGACAUAACUGCCCUGCGCCAGGCAAUCACCACAUUUGGGUCUCUCAAGACCAUUCAAAUUCCGGAGCACCUGAUGGCUCAUGCUAGCUCAUCAAGUAUUGGGUCCUUCUUGGAGAAGAGAGGCUACAUCCCAUUGCCAGAGCAGCAGAAGUCGGCAUCCAGCGCCACAGCUGUCCCUCUCAGUGAAUGGCUCCUUGGAAACAAACCUGCCGUUGGUCACCAGGCUCCUUACCUGCCCAGCACCAAUCUCCAGGACUGGCUCAACCAGAAGCAGACCGUGGAGAACAGCCAGACAUCUGCUAGAGCCUGCAGUUUCUUGAAUAAAGUCUGGGGCAACCUAAAGGGUUUGGAAAACUGGCUCCACAAGAGUCAGCAACAAGAAGUUUCUGAAAAACCAAGCUACCAAAGGUCUAACAGCUGUUCUACUGCCAGUUCUUGCUCCGUGGAAAUCGAAGUGGUUGAAGAUGCAGAGCCUCUUGAUCAAGAUGAGAUGGAUCUUUCUGACUGGCUGGUAACUCCCCAGGAAUCCCAAAAGCUUGAGAAGCCCGAGAAUGGCAGCUGCGAAACCGCCAGUGAGAAGUUUAAGCUCUUGUUCCAGGUGUUCCAGGAGUCCUACAAUGUGAAUGAUUGGCUUGUCAAGUCCGAUUCCUGUACCUGUUGUCAGGGUAACCAGCCCAAAGGUGUGGAGAUUGAGAACCUGGGCAGUCUGAAAUGCCUCAACGACCACUUGGAGGCCAAGAAACCCUUGUCCACUCCCAGCCUGACUAUCGAGGAUUGGCUUGUCCAGAACCAUCAAGACCCAUAUAAAGUAGAGGAGGUCUGCAAAGCCAAUGAGCCCUGUACAAGUUUUGCAGAGUGUGUAUGUGAUGAAAAUUGUGAGAAGGAAGCUCUGUGUAAAUGGCUUCUGAAGAAAGAAGGAAAGGAUAAAAAUGGUAUGCCUGUGGAACCAAAGCCUGGACCUGAGAAACGUAAAGAUUCCCUGGACAUGUGGCUCUCUCCAUCCAGAAGAGAGGCAGCAGAGCAAGCUAAGGCACCCAAGGCAAGGGCUUCUAGAAUUGCUGAUUCCUUCCAAGUCAUAAGGGACACUCCCUUGUCAGAGUGGCUCAUGACCCCCUCACACAAAGGAUGUCCCAACAAGGAAGUGCCUCUUACUGAGGACAGGGCUGGCAAACAAAAGCCUACAAGCCCCUUGGCCACUGCCUGGUGUCCCUUUAACACAGCUGACUGGGUCUUGCCAGGAAAGAAGACAGGAAAUCUUAGCCAGUUAUCCUCAGGAGAGGACAAGUGGCUACUUCGAAAGAAGGCCAAGGAAGUGUUACUCAGCUCACCCCUACAGGAGGAGCACAGCUUUGCCCCAGACCGGUACGGCCUCCCAGCAGUUUGCGAUCUCUUUGCCUGUAUGCAGCUCAAAGUUGAUAAAGAAAAGUGGUUGUAUCGAACUCCCCUACAGAUGUGAAGGAAUCGAGUACUAGUCGACCAAAAUUUCUGCAGAUUAUCACAAAUCCAUGAGCUGAGUGACUGUGGCUUGCUAAAUCAUUGUCUCUGGGUCUGAUGUAGUUCCUUUCCUCCCCAGUUUCGAACUAGUGAAGAGAAAUUAGUCAUCAAAUUAUGAAUUACUGUGGAAAAGAAAAAGGUGGUUUGUUGAUGCUGAGGUGAUUCAGGUUCUUUCUUACAGAAGUAUUAAUUCACCCCUGUGCUAGAAAUGCAUCUUAGUGGGUAGGUCUUUCUCAUAAGCCUCCGUGGCUCCUUAGAUUGGGUGGUUAUUAGAAGUACAUUAAAACACUGUAGUUUUGAAAAUGAAAUAGUUCUAUAAUCAAAGUGUGUUGAUGUAUUCUAAAGCUAGUAAAAUUACCUUUCGAUUGGCAGUCUUUGGAUGCUUCCCUUAUCCUGGGUUUUCUUCCAUUAAUGGUGAAUUUUCUAUUUAAUUAAUAUUCUAUUAUAUUUUACAUCAUUAACCUUGCCGAUAUAGUGGUUUUUUCUUACCAAAACACAUAUUGAAAGUCUUGGCAAUUUUUGACAUUUAUUACAAAACAUUUUAGCUUAGGUGCCAGAUUUUACAUUUCUUCUUUUGAAAGACAUUCAGAUUUUGCAAGAGCUGCCUGUAUUUCCUUCUCUAAAUGAUAUUAUGAAAGAACUUCUCUUUCAGAAGGGCUCCAUAUUGCUUGAAGACUAUGUUCAGAGUAGUUCUAGUCUCUUCUAAAAUAUUCUGAACUACAGGCAGCAGAGCCCCAGUGCUGACUAAUCACAAAGCAAAUAUGUUGGAAAUGUACUUGAACUGUUCACUAUCCUGUUAUUGGUGCAUCCUGUGUAAAUGGAAGCUGAACUUGACACCUGGUGCUUUUAACUAGGCAUAAAUUAAACGUGCGCUCACUGCAAGCAUAGCAUACCUAUACCUCUGAUAAAAGUGUAAUGCAGUGACAUUUUAGUGAAUAGGAAGUUUUGAACACUUGUGCCUUGGGGUGUUUAUUGAAGCUUUAUGAAAACUAUCAAUGUUUCCUUAGUAUCCUUAAAGUUAUGUCCGUGCUUUAAAAAGUUUCUCUGUAGGAGAGGUGGUAUUUAUACCAUGUUUUAAAAUUCUCUAAAAUGAGACGUCUUAGCUGCUUUCCACUUUUAAACCAUUAAGCCACUCAACUUGCCUGUUAUUAGAAAUACCUUUAAAGUCUGUGAUGUGGUCAUCUGGAAAGCCCCUUUGGGGAAACAUCACAGUCCCACCCAGUGUCACUGCCAUACAGCUUCACUAGAGUUCUUAACCACAGCUGAAAGGAGCCUAUUACUUUUUAGUUCUUCCAGAUACCAUUUAGAACUUUAAAAGGUGGUGGGUAAAAACUUAAGCAGCUUCUCCAUUAUCUUAGGUUGCAGGAAACUGUAGUUGAGGUUUAACAGGCUGUGUCUCCCUAAAUUAACAUUAAUCACUAUGCUGAGUAUCUAAACCAUUCUUUUGCAUCGAUGCAUUUUGUAUCUGCCUCCAUUCAUUAAAAGCGUAACACCCA